UUGUCAGUUUCAGUGUGUGUAUGACAGUAGGUGAAGGUCUGGAUGAAGGACAGAGACCACUGGCUUAAACAAAGACAGCACAACAUCUGACCAGGACAGAGGCAAGCCAUCCACAGAGAGGCAAUGUCUGGCUGUGUGUUUUUUUAAGUUUAUAACCUGCAACAAGCAAAGGACUGUAUUUCAUUUGGAAGUGUUAUUUGGCUCCCUUACUCCAUUCCUACUAAUGCCAUUUAAAAGUACAGCUGCAGAGCAACAGCUGUGACUAUGUUAAGGUCUGAGAAAGCAAUCAGAAGCUAAAAGAGGAAGAAGAAAAAAUAAAAUUCUCUAUAUGAGAACAGGUUCAAAAGAAACAUCAGUGAUAAAGACCGGCUGGAGAGGCUGCAGGCUGUGCUGUGUCUUCAUCGUCUACCUCCUCACCCUCCUGCAGCUGCAGCUUCAGCUUCUGCAGCAAAUCUUCAGCUAAUCCAGCAGCUGGUUCUUCUGUAACCUGCAGAACUCUCAGAAUUGAGGCCAUGGCAUCAGCAGCUCUGGAGAUAGUGGGCUUGUUCUUGGGCCUACUGGGAAUGCUGGGUACCCUGGUUGCCACAGUUCUGCCUUACUGGCAGAAUUCUGCACACAUUGGCUCCAAUAUUGUCACAGCUGUGAUCACCAUGAAGGGCUUAUGGAUGGAAUGUGUUUAUCAGAGCACAGGAGCCUUCCAGUGUGAGACCUACAACUCUAUGCUGGCCUUACCUGCAGACAUGCAGGCUUCUCGGGCCCUCAUGGUCAUCUCCUUAGUGCUGUCCAUUCUUGCUGUUGCUAUGGCAGCCCUAGGGAUGCAGUGCACUCUUUGCUUGGAGGGCUCAGGAGCAGUAAAAAGUCGCGUGGCGGGUACAGGUGGGGGUUUGUUUUUCACUGCGGGCUUCCUGGCUCUCAUACCUGUAGCAUGGACCACGCACGAGGUGGUCCAGACUUUCUACCGUCCAGACAUACCGGCCAGCGUGAAGUAUGAAAUUGGUGAGUGCCUGUACCUCGGUUUGGCCUCGGCACUCAUCUCCAUGCUGGGAGGGGGGAUUCUGUGUGUGUCAUGCUGUGAGGAGCAGGACGGCGUCCGUGGGAGACGGCACGGUGGAGGAUAUCCCUAUCCAGUGGGAGUUGGCAUGUCUAGCGCAGGGGUUCGAACAACCUCCCAGACUUACCGCAACCCCACACUGCAGGUGGGAGGGAUCAACACAGCUAGCAGGCCUCACACGCUGGUCCGUAGUGCAAGUGGGAGCUCUGGGUCAAAUGCUCACAAAACCCAGGGAGCCAAUAAGUCAGCUGCAGCAGGAUAUGACCUCACAGGAUAUGUCUGAUGUUACUCCAUUACUACUUUAGAUACACAACUUUUUUUCAAUAAGUUGCAUUCAAAUAUGAAAAUGGAGACACUUGUCAGUUUCAGAGGAAAUAACAACCACAAUCACAUCACAGUUACGCAAUGGAAAACCUCUUUUUGGGCCCAGAAAUAUGUGGACAGAUAUACUUUCUUUUUUGUUUUAUCGCUACAGCAUUUAAUAUUACAUACAAUGAACUUGAUGUGAAGCCUCUCAGUUUAAUUCAGGAGGAUUCACAUGUGUUUUAAAAUCAGUAUUUAAUAUAUAAAAUUCAGACACCUAUUAUUGCAUUUCUAACUUGACAAAUUUACAUGCCAGCCUGUCAUAAAUUUUGUUUUAAUUCAGUGAAAUGAAACUUGAUUUGGUUGAGAUUGGACAUAUGAAGCUGGAGUAAAAAAAAAAAUACUUGGUAACAUCCACUGCUGUGAUAACUGUGGUCACAUUUGAGAGACAUGAAAAAUAAAACAGCUUUACAUUAACUAUCUGGAUCACCAAGUGGAAAUCCAACACGUUGAAAAAGGUCCAUAGAAAGGUGAGUUGGUGGUUCUGGAUGCAGCAUGUGGAGCCUGAUGUGGAAGCAGGGGAAUCAGUUAUGGUUUACUGUCUUGUGGUGGUGGUAGACUGGACUUUUGU